CAGCGGAGCGGGGCGGGAGCGGCCGUGGCAGCGCCGCGGGGCUCAGUGUGUGGGCCGGCCCCCGAGUGUGCGGAGGCUCGGUCGCUGCCGGGCACCAUGCGGGUGCCGCUAUCCCUGCUGGCUGUCGCGGCGCUGCUGGCGCCCCGCCGGACCGAGGCUUCCCAGGGGGAGCAGCCACCCGCAGUGCCUUCACCAACGGGGAUUGUAGUAACAUCUGAAAAUUUCAAAACAGUUUUGCAUUGGCAGUACCCACCUAUGUCUGAAACUCCUCAUUUUAUUGUGGAAAUCAAGCCUUACAACUUAGGUCACUAUAAGGAGGUCUCAACCUGUGUGAACACUUCAGCUCAUUUUUGUGAUCUCUCAGAGGAAAUAUGUGACCCUUAUUCAUCUCAUUGGCUUAAAGUUAAAGCUGUUGUUGGAUCACAACAGUCUGAAUAUGUUGAGACCAAUGAGUUUAUUUUGCAAAGGCAUGGAAAAAUAGGACCACCAAAACUGAGUAUCUCAAGACAUGGUGAUGAAAUCCUGCUUGAUAUUCACCAUCCUGUAUUUCCUCUUUCUUGUAUUGAAGACAUUUAUUCAGGUCUUGCCUACUUGGUGACUGUUUGGAAUAGUAAAAAUGAGACUGAAGAGCUCUUCGAGGACAACUGUACAAUGCAUAAGUGUAGCCUCCAAAUCCCAAUUCUUCCUGAUAGUUCCACUUACUGUAUUUCAGCAGUAGGAACUUUCAAUUCUCUGAUGUUUGGCACUCGAUCAGAGGAAAUUUGCACUCCUGUUCCUCUCAGGCAGACAUUGAGUACAGAUGGCAUCAUCAGUCUAUGUGUUGUUGUUGGGAUCUUGAUGGUAAUACCGACAGUAUACUGUGGCUGCAAGAAACUAAGGAAAAACAACAUACAGCUGCCUAAGUCUUUGGUCAGUGUGAUGAGAAACCUGAACACAGGUGCCAUAAUGGGACCAAGAUCAGAGGGGAAGUAUAUAUCUGUGAUAUCAGGCCACUCCGAGUUGCCAGUGAGUGGUGAAGUAACCUUGCUGGAGAUAGAGCCAAAAGAACCAACUGUUAGUCCUGUGAAUUCCUGUGAUGGAGACUCUUCUGUCUCUUCCCCAGAGGCACCAGCCACAGCAGAAGAGGUGCCUGUGCAGGAAAGCACAGAGGAGGUCUGUUUUGAUGCUGAUGAACAAAAUUGCGAAGGAAAAGAGAGUUACUUCAUUUCCAACAGUAGCCAGAUGGAUAUAUGCAGUAAGUCUUCAGGGUCAGAGAUUCCUACCACAGAAACACAACAAACAGUCAUUCCAAACAGCUGCUUCAAGUUUUCUGGCUAUGACAAGCCUCAUGUUCCAUUGGAUAUGCUGAUAGAUGUUGGUGAAGAACAGCCUGUGAAUGCUUACAGGCCAACUGAGUAGCCAGGAUGAAGUGCUGAAGUGCUUAACCACAACCCAGAAAGAACAGCAUUACUAAAGCUUAUAGAAAGUCUGGGUUAAUUUGUGAACAUCUACAAGUUGUACUUGUUCUGAUCGGUGCACAAUUGAAAAUAGUACCUGAAAAUGGCAUAAAAAGUGUGUGGGAAUUUCAUAAUAACCACUUUUUAAAAUGCUUUUAUAUAUGAUAUAACUCAUUAUUCCCUGUUUGGAAUAGUGCUGUGUUUUUAAACAAUACUCUCUAGAAAACAUAGCCUUGACUAUAAAACAGCAGCUAUACCACUAUUCACUUCUGCUUCAAAUCUUGUUCAAAAUUAGUUCAAUGAACAUAAUGCUUAAGAAGUACUUCACUUGAUUAUGAUAGACUUGGCAAGAAAUGUUUGAGAGUUUUUACCAUUACUGGAGGUAUCCUCUUGCAAAUCUUUUUCUUUUGAAGAGUAUUUUUAUAAUAUAAAGUGCUCUUAUUUCUUUUCAAUAAGAUUAUGCCUACAAGCUCUUUCUGUAUUUCUUAAGAAUUUGAUUUCAUGUCAAAGAAGUAGUGGCCAUAAACUAAGAACACAAGAAGUUCACCUCAACAUGGGGAAGAACUUCUUUGCAUUGAGGGUGGGUGGCAGAGCCCUGGAAGGGGCUGCCCAAGGAGAUCAUGGAGUCUCCCUCUCUGAAGACAUUCAAAACCCACCUGAACUCAUUCCUGUGUCAGCUGCUCUAGGUGACCCUGCCUUGCCAGGAAGGUGGAUUGCAUGGUUUCCAGAGGUUCCUUCCAACCCUAAGAAUUCUGUGAAUUUGUAGUCUUUGCUGUUAACUUUAGUACAGCAGCACCUUAGGAUCACCUAGUAGCGUGAGUAACAAUGUCACAUUCUGGCAGAAUAUAUUAGCAAGCUGACUGAUCAUCACUGAGAAAAAAAGUCUAAUGAGCGGUUGCACAAAUUGUUUAGAAAAUGUCCUCAAGAUUCAAAAGCCUGGUUUCUUCUGGCAUACUUCUGUCCUAAUUUUUAGAACAAUAUGUUCUCUAAAUAGAAAUGAAUAGAACUCCUUCCAAGCGUGUUUUCUAGCAGGAUGAAAAUCACUGGCAUUUCCCCUGUUUUAAUAACAUAACUCAGGAACUACGUAAAAUCGCCCUCUAAAAGUAUGUCUCAACACAAUAGAAGAAUAUUGUGAUUAAGGUGUACUUUGUGAAUUUUAUUGUCAUCUGUCAGCCUUCUGAAUUUUGUAUUAUAAAGUUGUAGUUUUGAAAACUGAGGAAUAAGAAUUUUAUAUAUUUUUUUUUUCAUAUUGAAAUCCAUGCAAUCCAUUUAGUUCCCUUUAAUCAAGACUUGAUAGGUAUUUUCUAUUUGUAGGAAAUGUUUAUAGCAAUCAUUAAUGAAGUUUAGUUCAGGAAAAAAGAACACUUUACGGGUACAAGUUGGUCCAUUUACAUGAAAUUGUUUGUUUAUUUUUAAAGACAUUUCUAGAGGAUUAUCAGAAUUGUUAGCCUGUUACAGCAGGUGGCUUUAAAGGAAAACCAGUGUCAUAGUACUUCUGUCCUUACAUUUCUCAGUGACAUGAGUAUUCUUAAGGUGAAGUUAAUUUAUACAGCUGUUUCCAGAGUCCUUCUGUUCUUGUCUGUAUCAGAUGUUGACCACAAUGGUACAAAAGAUUUAAAAACAAUAGCUAUUUUUCCCAUCACUACUCACAGGAAAGUAACGGAUUGGUUAGCAGGGUUUUGAUCAUUUUAGGAAAAUCCAAAUCAAGCAGGUGAAUUUUGCAAUUAUGAUUCACGGAAGGCCCAGUCAGUAAUUGUUAGCUGGCUGUGAUAUGUUUCUGCAUUAUAUUCAGACAUAAUGAGACCCCCUAGCCACUUUUCCAAUGUCAUGUUCUGGGUUCCUUUCCUAGAAGGCAGUGCUUAGUGCCUUACUGCUCAGAUGCACUAGUGUGUAGGUCUCCCCAUGGCAGAGGUGCAGAAAAUAACACUCUUGGUGUUACAAGAAGGCUUUUUGAAAAUUAGUAUUGCUUGCACUUGAAACUUAAUUAAACUGACUUUCCAGGUAGUGAUGCUGUUCAUCACUGAAGCUCCUAGCUGUCUACGAAGUAGAUGCGCAGCUGUGUCUUGUGCAGAGAUUGGAGUUGAUGUAAUUUCUUUCUGAGUUUGGAGGUUAGUUGAUGAAUAUGAAUUACAGUAAAUACCUCAGGAAUUUAUAAAUGUCAGAGAAGUGUUUAAGUUAAACUUGGCUCUGAAGGGAUAAAGAAAACAUUAGAAACUGUAAAGUUAGUCUUGUUUUUUGGGAAGACGUUUCUGACCAGACAAUUUGCUGAGUAUUUUCUUUGCAACUGCUCCUAGUAUUUAACCUUGCACUUGGUAGUUUGUUUUCCUUCUGUCAGUUUAGUCAAAAAAAAAAAAAAAAGUUGAUGUUGUCCAAGAACAUCAGGAAUUAGCUCUGGCAGUUGUUGGAUUUGAUGUACCUGCCACAAAACCAAGAUUCUGUCAGAAGCAUGAUUUUUUUUUUUUUUUAAUUAGGUUUACAUUCUUAGCAGUUCAUCAGGAAACCUUGGUGCUGUUAGAACUAAGACUUAGCAUCUCAGGUUUGUGUGAGCUAAGUGUUUCAUUGUUCUGGAAGAUUUUCCUUUGCUGACACAGUGGAAGAGGAGUGCAGGUAGACACAUUUUAAAAGCAAGUGACUAUCUCAGGUUCUUGUCUCUUGCCCCUGCAAUACAAGUACAUUGUACGUUCUUCUGAAUCUUUCUAAUCACAUGGAGUCAAGUGUGAGUAAAAGGACCUAGCCAGGAGCUAGGCUAUCAUUAAGAAUUGCAAUGUGAAGAUCAAUAAGAAAUGAGACAAAAAAUAUAUCAUAAUAACAUAUGGGAAAAUUUUUUCAUGGCAGAUAGUCAACAUCUAUUGGAAAGGUGGUGUUAUUUUAGAAGCUGAAAAUCAAGAACAGCAGUAUGAGUGCUUUGUACUAUAUCACAUAUAUAUACAGCAGACCUGCUUUUGAAAUAAAACAAGCUUAAUGUACUUUUAAAUCAAAAUUUCUGAGCUCUAAGUAUAGAAGCCACUGAACUAGCACCAUCCCUGCAGUCUGCCUUCUGUGUGCUGCAUACUUACCUAGUGGCACAGGGAUAGUUUAGAUGUUUAAAUUGCUCAGUCCAGCUUAGAGCUUUUCUAGUUGUGAAAUAAAGAAGUUUUAAGGGUGCACAAAGCACGGGAUUCUUUUACCAGCUGUGACUAGCUGAAACUGUAUCCUGACUAGCUGAAAUUAUAUCCAGUGAAAGAGAACUUCACCAAACUUUGGCCUCAUACUUGCCAGUAUUUCUAAGAACUUCUUUAGUUCUUGUUCUUGGGUGGAUGUUGUAAUUUUUAUUAUUAGAUCUGCAGUUAACAAUGAGGCAUUAUGGCAGUGCUGUGUGCUGGCACAGAAACAUAAAAUCUGCUUUUGUGUGUUUUUCCACAUAAGUCAGUAAUGUAGUUUAAAAAAAAAUAAAAUUGUCAAAUCUACUGACAUCUGUGGAAACAAGACAGUUGCCUGGAAAAGAUGCACAUGUUUUUAAUUUCUUUUUCAUCCUUCAUAGAAGAUUGCAGAGAAAGAAACUUGCAUGAGAAAACCUGUUUUUCUCAGGUUAGGAAUAACCAGUUGAUCUGAAGUGGUUCUAAAGAGUUGAGUAAAGAAGUUGAGUUGUAGUAAGUAAGAGAUGUACAUGGCUCAAAUUAAUAGUUUCAGCACAUCUUAAAAAACCAAAAACCCAAAAAGCAAAAACACACAACCAAAAUGACAAACCAAAUACAAAGCAGCUUUUUAUCUUAGGAAAAGGUGACCUGUGUAGAUUUCUUUGGUGUGUUUUUUUUUAUAGUUCAGUCCUUUAACUAUGAAG